CGCUUCUACCGAAUCACCGGGAACGCGCGCUCCCGCGAGCGCUCACCUGAGGCAGUGGUGCGCGCGCCCGCCCAGGUGAUGCAACAGCCUCCGGAACCCCAGCGACACACUCACACGGGCAUGCGAUUGUGUUCCUGCGUCUUCAGGAGCAGCUGAUGAAUGGAGAUGAAGCCUCGGUGCGCGUCUGAUGGAUUCGAGCGUUCCUGAGCGCGUUCCCGCAGAUCUGCGCGAGGAGCGCGUGGAAGCAGAGCUGCUGAAGAACUGCGUCCUGCUCGUGAAUGGACUGGUCUCGUGGAUCCGAGUGUUCUGGAGGAAAAUCUCUGUCUGAAGAGGCUGGGUUGGUUUGAACGCACAGCUCGCUCGCUGAGAGACUCGUGCAGGAUCAUCUCGACACAUCAAACUUUAAUGACACAAAUAAAGACGGGUCCAAAGCCAUGACAUCAGAGGAGGAGGGGCCUGCCGUGGUGGGGGCGGAGCCACACAUGAACAUGUGUGCCUCUCCUGGCUGGGAUGGGCUUGUUGAAGAAGAGGCGGAGCCUGCUAAGCAGGAGGAGGUGGGGCCAGCGGAGCAGGUGGCUGAUGAUGUCAGCAGUGAGUUUAGCGCUCUGGUCGUCCCGUACCCAGAACUGGCGCCCAUCGUCUUCUUCUGCCUCAAACAGACCACGUGUCCUCGCAGCUGGUGCAUCCGCAUGGUGUCCAGCCCGUGGUUCGAGCGAGUGAGUAUGAUGGUGAUCCUGCUGAACUGUGUGACGCUGGGGAUGUACCAGCCCUGCGAGAACAUCGACUGCUCCUCCGAACGCUGCCAGAUCCUGCAGGCCUUCGACGCCUUCAUCUACAUCUUCUUCGCGCUGGAGAUGGUGGUGAAGAUGGUGGCGCUGGGGAUCUUCGGCCGGCGCAGUUAUCUGGGAGACACCUGGAACAGACUGGACUUCUUCAUCGUGAUGGCCGGGGUGGUGGAGUAUUCACUGGACCUGCAGAACAUCAACCUGACGGCCAUCCGGACGGUCAGAGUCCUGCGGCCGCUCAAAGCCAUCAACAGAGUCCCCAGCAUGAGGAUCCUGGUCAGUCUGCUGCUGGACACGCUGCCCAUGUUGGGGAACGUGCUGCUGCUCUGCUUCUUCGUCUUCUUCAUCUUCGGCAUCAUCGGUGUGCAGCUGUGGGCUGGACUUCUCCGAAACCGCUGCUAUCCAGAGGAGAACUUCACCCUCUCAACAGGUGUGGCACUUCCUGCUCCGUAUUACUCUCCCAAUGAGGAUGACGAGAGGCCCUUCAUCUGCUCUCUGCCGCAGGAUAACGGCAUCAUGUCGUGCGGUGACGUGCCAGCGCGGCGUGUGGCGGGACAUCAGUGCUGUCUGGACGUGGAUGAUCUCCUGCAUCAUCAGGCACUGGGCCUCGUGACCGAGCCCUUUCUCAAUGCCAGCGCCGUCGUCCCCGGGCUCUGUGUCAACUGGAACCAAUACUACACACGCUGCCACACCGGACACAGAAACCCACACAAAGGAGCCAUCAACUUUGACAACAUCGGAUACGCCUGGAUCGUUAUAUUUCAGGUUAUUACUCUGGAAGGCUGGGUGGAAAUCAUGUAUUACGUCAUGGAUGCUCACUCAUUCUACAACUUCAUCUACUUUAUUCUGCUGAUUAUAGUCGGCUCGUUCUUCAUGAUAAACCUGUGUCUGGUCGUCAUAGCGACUCAGUUUUCAGAGACCAAACAGCGUGAGCAUCAGCUGAUGGAGGAGCAGCGAGCUGCCCAUCUGUCCUCUAGCACGCUGGCCUCGCUGGUCGAACCCAGCGACUGCUAUGAGGAGAUCUUCCAGCUCGUUUGCCACAUCCUCCGCAAGGUGCGCAGACACACCGUUGCCUUCUUCAGGACGCUCUGCUGCAAACCACAGGAGCAGACGCAUGAGAAAACAAACAUCAAUGGAGGAGAGAAGAGCCUCCAACAACAUGGUGAGGAAAAGAAGGAGUGGAUGGGAUGGAAGGAUGAAUGUAGGGAUGCAUGCAGCUCUAAGCUAUUCUCUCACUGCACUUCAGAUGGAGCUACACCUGAUGCCUCAGCAGCCAAUCAGGAGACAGAGGAGGAGGCACCCAAUGAGACAGAUAGGUGCAAAAGGACAGAGGGGGCAAGUCGGGGGCGGAGCCAAGAGCUGUGGAUGGAGAUGAGGGUCAAACUGUUGAGCAUCGUGGAGAGUAAAUACUUCAACAGAGGAAUCAUGGUGGCCAUCCUCAUCAACACCAUCAGCAUGGGCAUAGAGCACCAUGAGCAGCCGGAGGAGCUCACUAAUGUUCUGGAGAUCUGUAACAUCGUCUUCACCAGUAUGUUUGCUCUGGAGAUGAUCCUCAAGCUCACAGCAUUAGGCUUCUUUAGUUACCUGCGCAAUCCAUACAACAUCUUUGAUGGGAUCAUCGUGAUCAUCAGCGUGUGUGAGAUCGUGGGUCAGUCUGAUGGCGGUCUCUCGGUGCUCCGAACCUUCCGCUUGCUGCGGGUCCUGAAGCUGGUUCGGUUCAUGCCGGCGCUGCGCAGACAGCUGGUGGUUCUGAUGAAGACUAUGGACAAUGUGGCCACAUUCUGCAUGCUGCUGAUGCUCUUCAUCUUCAUCUUCAGUAUUCUGGGAAUGCAUAUAUUUGGCUGUAAGUUCAGUCUGAAGACAGACACCGGAGACACGGUUCCAGACAGGAAGAACUUUGACUCUCUGCUCUGGGCAAUCGUCACUGUAUUUCAGAUCCUGACUCAGGAGGACUGGAACGUGGUGCUGUAUAACGGCAUGGCCUCCACGUCUCCUCUGGUGGCGCUGUACUUCGUGGCUCUGAUGACGUUUGGGAACUAUGUGCUGUUUAACCUGCUGGUGGCCAUUCUGGUGGAGGGAUUUCAGGCUGAGGGUGAUGCCAAUCGCUCGUACUCUGAUGAUGAUGAAGAAUCCUCCAUGAAUGGAAGUCAACAGCACAAAAACUCGCUCACGUCCUCCGAUCCAAAGCUGUCAUCUUUAACUCCUAAUGGGCAUCUGGAUCUGGCGCCGCUGGAGGAAGAGAAGACCAGGACCGAGUUCUCAGAGGAAAACAACCGGAGCAGAACCAUCUGCCUGGGCAGGAGAUCCUCGUCUCUGCGACACAGCCGCAGUUCCCAUUACCACCACUGGGGGCGUCCUCCCCCUCAGCCGUCCUGGAGCCGGAGGUGUAGCUGGAUCAGUGCGGGUCGCUCCGCCCGUGGCCUGAGGGCCGGAGGGGUCAUCGGGGGGAGCUUACGGGUCCGUGGUGUUCACUCGCACCCUGCCGAACACGAGUCUCUCCUGCCACACCCGCCCUUCCUGUCACGCCACCACCGCCGCGCUCUCUCACUCGAGCUGCCCGAGCUCCUGCAGCGCCCCCCGCUGGUCCGGAAGAAGAGCGUGUCUGCAGAACACCAGGACUGUAAUGGGAAGGGCCCGGGUCCUCAGGGGCCCCUGCUGGGAGAGAUUUAUCCACAGCUCAACGCACGCAAAAACAAGAAUGACCUAGAAGAAGACACCGAAUAUAGCCUGUGUUUCCGUAUCCAGAAGAUGAUGGAGGUUUAUCGUCCGGACUGGUGUGAGAAGAGAGAGGAUUGGUCCAUUUACUUAUUCUCCCCUCAGAACAAAUUUCGUCAGCUGUGUCAGACGAUCAUCGCUCAUAAACUCUUUGACUAUGUGGUUCUGGCUUUCAUCUUCCUCAACUGCAUCACAGUGGCUCUGGAGAGACCCAGAAUCCAUCAGGGCAGUCUGGAGCGAGUCUUCCUCACCAUCUCUAACUACAUUUUCACUGCCAUCUUUGUUGCUGAGAUGACCGUCAAGGUGGUUUCUAAGGGUCUGUAUCUGGGUGAUCGGGCGUAUCUGCGCAGCAGCUGGAACGUUCUGGAUGGAUUUCUCGUCUUUGUGUCUCUGAUUGACAUUGUGGUGUCGAUGGCGGGCGGAGCGAAGAUCCUGGGCGUCCUGAGGGUGCUCAGACUGCUGAGAACAUUACGCCCGCUCAGGGUGAUCAGUCGAGCUCCGGGUCUGAAGCUGGUGGUGGAGACUCUGAUCACGUCACUGAAGCCCAUCGGAAACAUCGUCCUCAUCUGCUGCGCUUUCUUCAUCAUCUUCGGCAUCCUGGGAGUUCAGCUCUUCAAAGGGAAGUUCUAUUACUGUGUGGGUUUGGAUGUGAAGAACAUCACCAAUAAAUCCGACUGUCUGUCUGCCAAUUACCGCUGGGUUCAUCACAAGUACAACUUUGAUAACCUGGGACAGGCUCUGAUGUCACUGUUUGUGUUGGCGUCUAAAGAUGGAUGGGUAAAUAUCAUGUACCACGGACUAGACGCUGCCGGGAUUGACCAGCAGCCCAUCAUCAAUAACAACCCCUGGAUGCUGCUGUACUUCAUCUCCUUCCUGCUGAUCGUCAGUUUCUUCGUCUUGAACAUGUUUGUUGGUGUGGUGGUGGAGAACUUCCACAAGUGCCGUCAGCAUCAGGAGGUGGAGGAGGCGCGGCGGAGGGAGGAGAAGCGACUGAAGCGCAUGGAGAAGAGGAGGCGCAAGGCCCAGCGGCUGCCGUAUUACUCCUCGUACAGUCGGAUUCGGCUGAUGAUUCACUCGUUCUGCACCAGUCAUUACUUGGACCUCUUCAUCACCCUCAUCAUCUGCAUCAAUGUGGUCACCAUGAGCCUGGAGCACUACAACCAACCACAGUCGUUGGAGACGGCGCUGAAAUACUGCAACUACUUCUUCAGCUCCACGUUUGUGGUGGAGGCCAUGCUGAAGCUCAUCGCGUUCGGCUUCAGACGUUUCUUUAAAGACAGAUGGAAUCAGCUGGAUCUGGCCAUCGUUCUGCUGUCUGUGAUGGGAAUCACUCUGGAGGAGAUUGAAAUAAACGCUUCGCUCCCCAUCAAUCCCACAAUCAUCCGCAUCAUGAGGGUCCUGCGCAUCGCCCGCGUUCUGAAGUUGUUGAAGAUGGCAACAGGAAUGAGAGCGCUGCUCGAUACUGUGGUGCAGGCGUUACCGCAGGUGGGGAAUCUGGGUUUGCUCUUCGUUCUGUUGUUCUUCAUCUACGCCGCGCUCGGAGUCGAGUUGUUUGGAGAACUGGUGUGUAAUGUUGAAUACCCGUGUGAAGGUAUGAGCCGUCACGCCACGUUUGAAAACUUCGGCAUGGCGUUCCUCACGCUCUUCCAGGUUUCUACAGGAGAUAACUGGAAUGGCAUCAUGAAGGACACGCUGCGCGAGUGUCCGCCGGGGGACAGCUACUCGUGUAACUCCAGCCUGCAGAUCAUCUCGCCCAUGUACUUCGUCAGCUUCGUUCUGACGGCUCAGUUCGUCCUGAUUAACGUGGUGGUGGCCGUGCUGAUGAAGCAUCUGGACGACUCCAAUAAAGAGGCGCAGGAGGACGCAGAGAUGGACGCAGAGAUUGAGAUGGAGCUGGCGCAGGGCGGCCUGUGCUGUUUGGGGCGUCCGGAGCGCCCAACCGGGACCGAUGUGGGCAAGAGACCGGCAGGAGGCUGCGGGAACAGGCAGGAGGCGAUGGCUGCGGUUCACACACACGCCAGCACCAGCCAGAGCGGACUGACACCGUCCAGAAACACACAGGACACGCAGAACCAGAGGAAACUCUGCUCACCGGCACAGGAGAACCAGUGGCUGGAGAGCGUCUCUCUGCUGAUGAAGGACUCGCUGGAUGGAGAAAUGCAGAUGAUUGAUAAUCUCUCAGGAUCUGUGUUCCACCAUUACUGCUCUCCAGUUAUCAGACGAGACGGCAGGAGCCGAUCAGGAGAGAUCCGGCUGGCAGAGGUCGAGCAAACGUCUCUGAUGUCAGAGCUGAUGUCAGAUAAAUCCUCCUCACCAGCGCUGACUGAUGACAUCAGCCUGGACGAGCAGAGCGAAUACCAGCUGCUGGACAGAGACUGUAAGAUGGAGCAGGGCAGCACUGACCUCAGCACAGACGUGGUUGUGUGCAGAAGCUUUCAUCCUCCGAGCAAGGCCUGCAGUCCUGGGCGAGACAGAGGGGAUGUGCGAUGUGAGACGGGUCAUCAGCUCCAGUCUCCAGCUCACGGCGGAGAUGGCAGUGGAGGAGACGGUCAGACGUCUUCACCUCUCUUUCAUCUCCCGGCUGAGUUUUUCCACCCUACCACCGCUGUGAUUCCACAGGGCAGCCCAGCCAUCGGAGCAGUUCAGCCGGGCUCCAGACACGCCUCUCCGGCCUCAUGGGCUUCUCUCAGGUCCCCAGGGGCCAAUAGCAGGGUCAUGGGCUCUCAGACGUCCCAAAGGAACUCCUUGCUGGCCACUGGCAGUUCGGUGAGCAGCCUGGAGACCAUGCUGGAGGAGGGCGUCUCUACACUACCCCUGAUCUGCAGAACCCACAUUCCUCCACCAGAGCUCACCCAGAGACCUUGUACACCACAAACUCUGUUCAACCUCCAGGCCACCAGGGGGCACCACAGGAAUCGGAGCAGAUACAGUGACUGCACAUAUCCUAACAGGAUCCAACAAGACCCCUCCGAUGAGGACACUGGAUCCGGGGUUAGGGCUGGAGGACCCAGUGAGGCUGGUAAUCCUGAGCAGUUAUCGGAUAAUCUGAGUAGCUACUCUCUGACCUGUCUGCACCCGCCUGAUUCGCUGGCACUGCCUCUGGCCAAGAGGUGCAACAGCACUGGGAGUUUAGUACUGGGGAGCCUAGCGGUCCGGAAUAAAGAUGGGAGGGGCCUUUAUGGAUUCGAUUCCUGGACUGAAGCAACAACUGAGGAAUCUGAGAGCAAUGCAUCCCCCUUAGGCACCAAGACGUGCAGCCAGACUGUGGGUUCUGGCUGCCGUAAGAACAGAUGAAAUGUGUGGUUUGGUCCAGGUAUCGGACACUGUGUGGUCUCUUCUGUGAACUCGUUUCCAUGUAUAUCUCGAAUGACACACAUCUGUUUCCUGUUGUGCUACUGACCAGUUGAAGUUCUCAGCCACAGCAACACAGUGUAUUUUCUUCUACAGGCUAUUACACUGGAUGCUUCAGAGGAGAUGCAGUAGCCACGGAGUAGCAUAGAAUAUUCUGGAACAUGAGGAACUUAAACUCAUUCAAUCAUAUCAAAAACAGACUAACAAUGUCACCAGCCUGAGUGUGUAGCGAUCUUUAGGUGAAGCUGGGCGUGUAGCAUGUGACGUGUUGAAUGCAGAAAGGUGCCAUAUGAUGCUGCGUUCAGGUCAAGUUUGAAAUGAUUGCCGUUAUGGGUGCUGUGGUUGAGAAAACCAUUUUCUCCUAAAAGCAUUUAAUCUUCCCUGAAAUGAGACACUGUGGAGGAUAAAACUUGUUUUUCAGAGAAAAUUGUUGGCAAAUUGUUUUGUUUAAAGCAUAAACAAAAUUUAAGUUGUACUGAUUUUUUCCCAAGGAUGUUUUGAUGCUUGUACUGGGAAACAAGUCAAAAUACUGAACAAGACAAGAAGUGCAUCUGAAAUCUGGUAGCGUUUAAAUACUACAUUUGAUGAGGAAUAUCUACUUGCUUUAUGUUCUUACAUCAUUGUCUGUAGAA